AAAAAAGAUGGCAGAAAAUUCUUCAAUGUUAGCACAAGAUCCUGUGCGAUGUGAAUUCUGCAGAGCAAGUAAUGCGGAGUAUGUUUGUAAGACCUGCAACGACCGCAUCUGUGCGAUCUGCGAAAAGAUUCAUCAUAACAUUCACUCCAAUUCAGAAAUAAAGUCUACAAAACUGGAAAAGGUACAAGGGUUCUGCAAGCAUCACUCCAGAAAUAGAUACGAGGUUUGCUGUUAUGACUGCCGAGUACCAGUAUGUACAACAUGUAUUAUAGAUUUCCAUAACAAACAUAAAAUGGUUAACAUGUCCGUCUUGUUCGAGGAAGACAAGGCUGCUAUUGUAGACGAUAUAGGGGAGAUGAGAAGCAAAAUUUACCCCGAAGUAGAACUGAUAGUUCAAGCUGCAAAAUCGACAAAGGAAAGUAUUCCAUCUAGAUGUCAGAUGGUCGUACAGUAUCUAAAAGGCAGGGCCGAAAAGGUAAAGGAACAAAUAGACAAGUUCUUCGAGGAGGCUGUAAUCGAACUUCAAGAAAUGGAGAAAAAAGAUGUUAAAGCAUUUCAGGAACACAUAGCUCAAAUUGAUGGUAUCCUGUCAAGGUUACAGAAAACAGCCAGCCUAUAUGAAGGCCAACUGCAUACAAGAUAUGAAUCUGACUUAAUUCUAUUUCGAAGAGCUAAUCCGGGAAUUUCUAGUUUUAGGUCUAUUCCAGACACUCUUAAGUACUCUCCUCCCUUCUUCAAAGGCGGUAAAAUGGACAAAGCAAAGCUAAGCAAAUUUUUUGGCGAACUUCAGUCGUCAUCAAUAAAACACACUAAAAUAAGAAAAAUAAGACAAAAGACAAAACGCGCAGAUACCAAGGCAGCUCUGCUAAGUAGUUUGGAGAACAUCUUGUCAAUCCCAGCAUCAAGCACUGUUCCUACCAAGGCUACUGACCAAACUCCGUCAAAACCUAUCAGCAGGAGCACAUCCAUGACAAACUCAGCGAAAAGCGUGCAACACUUCAAAAGAAGUUACAGUGUUCUGACAUCCGUGAACUGUGUGUCCCCAGCAAAGGCGUGGAUAAGUGGACAGCAUCCAGAUAUUAAACUGAUGGACUUGCAAAGUGGAGAAUGUGAUACGAUUUCCACGGACUGUGAGACAACUGGGCCCUCUGAUUUGACCAUUACAAAGGACUAUGACAUCAUUUUCUCCGACUUUUAUGACAGGUCAGUGAAGCAAUUAACAAUUGAAACCAAGGAAAUGGUAGUAAUUUUUCGAACUGACUGGAAUCCAAAAGGUCUUUGUUGUGGAAAGGAGGAUGAGGUGUUUGUGUGCCUUGUCGAAAACCAAAACGGAAAAGUUGCAAAAUUCAAGAAAGGCGGAGAAUUGUCACAAGAGUUCAUAAAUGAUUUGGAUGGGAACCGGCUUUUUGAACAACCAAGUUACAUUUGCCAAAAUUCCAAUUUUGAUCUCUGCAUUUCCGACACAGGGAAACGCGCGGUCAUUGUGCUAGAUGCCAAUGGCAAUAAGAAAUUUGAAUAUAGCGGAAGUGAUGCUGACGGUCGUUCGCCGUUUGAUCCUCGUGGCAUCGAUACCGAGGUUGGAGGUAACAUUGUUGUAGUGGACUAUGGGAACCAUGAAGUCAUUUUAGUAAGUGACAAUGGAAAAUUCCUAACGUGUUUGCUUGACCGAAGUGACGGGCUUUCCCGACCCUGUGAUGUUAGCGUUGAUGGCGAAAAUAAGCUCUGGGUUGCAGAGUGUCGCACGGGAAGGCUGAAAGUGUUUCAAUCGACAUCAUCAGAAAUUUAACUAGGGAUGUCAACG